AAGUACAUUUAUCCAAAAGGGGAUCCAAAACAUUACAGUCACUGGUAAUAUGAACCUCUGCUCCAAAUGCUAUCACGACCUCAGAGUCACCCAAGAAGCCUCCUUCGAACCCGAAACCUCCCUUGAAUCUGCUCUUGCGUCGUCAUCAUCAUCAUCAGAGAGCAGUGGAACGGCUGCACAGACUAGUGCCAAGACGAGGAGGUGCUUGAGCUGUAACAAGAAAGUGGGCUUGAUGGGGUUUAAGUGCAAGUGUGGGAGUACAUUCUGCGGAGACCAUAGAUAUCCCGAGAAUCACGAAUGCGAGUUCGAUUUCAGAGGACAAGGAAGAGAUGCGAUUAGCAAAGCUAAUCCCUUGGUGAAGGGUGAAAAGGUCAAGAGAUUCUAAGUAAAAGAGUAAUCUGAAUGUUUUUUUUUGGCUAUUAAAGAUGAUCCUUGUGUUACUUAUAUGUAUAUGUAGCUAUGGUUAUACGGUUUGAUUGCUCUAGGGAUAUGUUAGAUCGGUUUGUGUUGUUGCUAUUGAUUUGUCUUUUUUUUUUGGUGGAGUGUUGGUUUUUGAUAAAAUUUGUUUAUAGAAAUGUGUGUGUGACA